CUGCGCAUGGCGACGUCAACUUUCAUCGCGUUCACGUGAUCUCGUAAUAUAUCCAGAAAUGGAUAGAUUGCUAGGCUGGUUGCAAAUGGUCCAUCGCAACCAAAAGGCCACCACACAGCACUCGUUCAUCACACGAUGCUGGCAAAGUUUCCCUUGACGAGGGCGAUGCCCACUGCCCGUCAUCGCUACUUGCCGUGUCGUUUCCCGUCGUCAAGUACAGUGCAGCCUUUGGUUCGCCAAUAUUCUAAACCCUCGUGGGAGAAAGAAGGAUGCGACGAGGAGGCUUUGGAAGCUCCGCGAUCCUAUAUUCCACUUGAUGAGAUACUGGAAGACUAUCCGUUGCGGUUAACCGGCACUCCGAGGCGGGGGCCUUUCGACCCGAUACCGUCAUGGUGGCCAUGGGUUGAGCGGGUUUUUUUGGGUCCUGCUAGGAGGAAUAUUGCAAGAAUAACAACUUGGGGUUGGAUGGAAUCCCGCUUCCCUGUGGCAGAAAAUCAGCCCAAAUACUUCCCUGAUCUAUUCACUCAAGGCGCAGGCUUCGCGUUCACGUCCUUAUUACCGCGUCUCUCAAAAUGGAACGGGUCAUCGUCGUCGGACAAUGCCCUUUCAGAGCUAUUAACUCCCAGCAUGUACCAGCGCUUUCAAAAGUCACAUCAAAAACUUGACAAGGAAGGGGUGGAAAUCGAGUUCAAGCUCCUUGAUGAAUUACGGACGACUCCGGGCGACGUUUGGCUCACUUUUGGAUCUGCGGAAGAGGUCAAAUCAACACUGAUGUUUGGCAAAGUCGUAAGACGCUUCAACCCUCUGAGCUUUGUGAGGGAGCUCAGGGAUUCGGACAAUCAACGUUAUCUUUUCAGAGAAGUGGUCUUUGAAUAUGCCUUUAAACAGUCUGACACUCCUGAAGCCCUACGUGGCCCUCUUUCCUUUGGGCUCAAAUCGUCCAUAAUUCGAAAGGGACAAGUAGUAGGGGUUGACGUCUGUUUCCAAACAAAAUUCCGUGUCACUGUGCGUGAAAAGAAAUAUGGGGAUGGUGAAGGUACAAUCAUCUCGCAACAAACAGUGGAUCAUCCUGUGUGGGUGAGAUUUGAGAGCCCGCAUUUUGUAGACAGAAUGGACGGAGAGUGGAAGGUGGGCGACGUGGAUAGAUUGAUUCAGAAUGAGCGCAUUUUGGAGGAAGAAAAAUGUCUGGGCACUGAACCCGAGGAAUGACAAUGACCGACACGACAAACACAAAGGGAGAGAGCUACAAUUUGUACCAUGUAAAUACUACACUGAUGCCUGAUUCCUUCACCAUCUACCAACUUUCAGCGACGCUAGAUAUUAGCUAGAUUAAGCCUACGAGCUUCCACGGCAUUCUGGAUGGUUCACGAAACAAGAACAUGGAUCUGCAGAUUCGCACAUCACUGCCCGAGGUACUCGGAUAAACAUCCACAAAAGUAGCAGCAAUCCCAUAGUGUUCAUCGAAUAAACCAAGAAUGUUGUAAACCUUCUCCGAUGAACCAUGAUGUCGCGCCAUGUUCUCAAGAACGGGAGGCGCUGCAGACGUGUUGUGUUUGUUAAAAGAAACACCAGGUCGUAGGAGAUCCCAA